CUGUAUGUCAUCGUCACAUAUUGCUUUGUAUUGCUUGAGGUCGGCUUUGAAGAAUUAGAGUGCUAUUAGUUGAUCAGUUGGCAAAUAAGGAUAAAAUUAUCCUUGGCAAAUACUAGUAGCUACGUUCCAGAAUGUCAGUGAAAACCAUCAACGACGAGGGCCACUUUCAGGCCGAACUGGCGGCCGCCGGCGGAAAGUUGGUCGUCGUCGAUUUCACAGCGACCUGGUGCGGACCUUGCCGUAACAUUGCGCCACUGUUUGAACAACUGCCGGUCAAAUAUCCCAAGGGAGUCUUCCUUAAGGUAGAUGUAGACAAAUGUGCCGAAACGGCCGCCACUCAGGGGGUCUCCGCGAUGCCAACGUUCAUCUUCUACCGUGCUAGGACCAAAAUCGACCGACUGCAGGGCGCCGAUAUCAAUGGGCUGGAGGCAAAGAUACAGAAACACUAUGUGGCGAGCGUGGAUGAAUCGGGCGAGGAUUACGGCCAGGGCAUGCUCGAUCUGAGUACGUUCAUCCAGAAGAAUCAGUGCGAGUGCUUGAACGAAGCCGACGAUCAUCCGUUGACGAAUGCACUUUCCGCCAGCGGGGGCCACCUGGCGUCCGAUUGCGAUGAGCAGCUGAUCAUUUCGGUCACCUUCAAUCAGGCUGUGAAGCUGCACUCGCUAAAAAUCAAAGCGCCACCGACGCACGGGCCGAAACACUUGAAGCUGUUCAUCAACCAGCCGCGGACGAUCGACUUCGAUAUGGCCGACUCGCACGUUUCGGUGCAGGACUUGGAGGUGGACCCGAAGGACUUGGAAACGGGAAAUCCGGUUAAGCUGCGGUUCGUAAAGUUUCAGAACGUGCAAAACAUCCAGGUGUUCGUGAAGGACAACCAAUCGGGUGGUGAAACGACAAUCAUUGACCAUCUGGCCUUUAUCGGGCAACCGAUUGCGACCACCAAAAUGGACGACUUCCAGCGUGUUGCCGGUAAGAAGGGAGAAAGCCACUGAAAAGGGAUAAGUUUCGAAUCCCGGUCCAGGCGGACGAUCGAUUCCAAUGUCCAAUGCGGUUUUCAUAAGGGUCAUUAAUGAAAAGCUGACUGAUGCAUGUGCAGUUUAUAUUUGCUCUUCUCGCUAAACGAAAUCUGAUUUAAUAAAAACAAAUGUU